AUGAGCAGACUUAAUAUCAGUUAAAGGACUGAAUCACCAAUUAUAGUUUAAAUUUAGAAUCUUUAACCUAAUACUUAGUAUUUCUAUGUAUUUGAGUUUUAUGGUAUUGAAAAGAUUACAGCAGAAUAUUUAAUGACAAUAUAUAAUAAAGAAAAAGAUUAUGUAUUUAAAAUAGAUUUAGAUUAACCAAUGUUUUAAUUUAAAACUUUUGGAUUGAUUGGUUAAGCAUAUUCUUUUAAUUUUAGUGCAUCAGGUUGUGCAAGAUCUGCUUCAAUAAGUGAAAUUUUUAUUGAUAUUUAUUAAAAUACCCAUCCUUAAUUUUUUUUUAUGUUAGGUGAUUUACAUUAUAGAGAUAUAGAUAAGGAUUCAAUUGAUGAAUUUGAUUUCGCUUAUAAAUAAGUUUUUGGUUCUGCUACAUAGAGAUAUUUGUAAAACACUUGAAUUAUGUAGAUAUUAAUAAGUACCAUUUGAAUAUUAAUUUGAUGAUCAUGAUUUUGGUAAAAAUGAUGCUGAUGGAAGAAGUCCUACCAGAAAAGUAGCUAAUUUAUUAUAUUGGAAAUAUGUUCCUCAUGGUAAUCUUCAUAAUUUACUACCUUUAUUUUAAGAUGAAGAAUUAACAAAUUUUCCAUCAGAAAUUAAGGAUUUAGAUGAAAUAACUGAACAGAAUAUUGGAACAUAUAGAUAUCAAAUUAUAGGGAGAACAAUAUUAAUAACUCUUGAUUUAAGAACAUUUUAAAAUUUGGAAAUUUUAGGUGAUUAAUUUGAAAGUUAGAGAAAUGAAAGAUCAGUUUUAGGAAAAUAAUAAAGAUAAUGGCUUUUAGUAAUUUUAGAUAGAGUUGCAAUUACAGAAUGGAUAUAAGCUGUUAUUUUUAUAUCUUCAGUGAAUUUUCAUGGAGAAUUUUGGGAAUAGUUUCCAUAUGAAUAAUUAUUAAUAGCUGAAAAAUUAUCAUAUAUUUAAGAAGAUAAAGAUAAAUAAGUAUUAAUAAUUAGUAGCGAUUCUCAUAUGACUGGUAUGAAAAAUGGAUAAAAUUCCUUUAUUUAAACUUUAGGUCUUAAAUAUAAAUAUGGACUUUAAGAAACAAUGUGUGGAUCAUUAGAUAAAUCAGGUUCUUGCAAAACUUAGCCAUUGACAUUUGGACCAUGGUUAGGUAAGAAUCAUUAUACUAAUAUUGAAAUUCAAGAUACAGAAUUAAGAACCUGCAUUAUUGUUAGAGGAUUUGAAAAAAAAACUUUACUAUUUUUUUAUAAUACAUGUGAUGAUAUAUUAAAAGGUCUUUAGGGGAAAGUUAAAUGCCCAUUUGAUGUUUUAAUGAGAGUUGUAUAUGUUAUAGCUUCAUUAUUGGUCUCUUUUGGUUUUUUAAUUGUCCUCUAUUUCAUUGUUAAAAAAUGCCAUAGAAAUAGUAUGAGAUACAGUUUAGUGAUGAGGGAAAAAUGA